AUGGCAGCGGGCAGCCGGCGGUGGCUCCUGGCCCUCGCCCUCAUCGCCUCGUGCCGGGCCCAGGAUAGCAAGGCGCUGGAGCUGGGGAUCAGCGCGAUCACGGGCAGCACCGCGGCGACCUGCGAGAACUCGGGCCUCUGCGCGCUCGCGUCCCUCGGGGCUUGCCAGGACGCCAUCGACCUGCUGAACAUGGCCUACAGCGUCGAGGCCAGCGUCGUCGAGGUCGAAUCGUCCUCCCAGCCGUCGGGGUGCUUCGCGACGACCUUCUCGACCGUGACGGGCUACGCGAACGCGCGGUUCAACUCAGACGAGAACGCCAACGCCGCGGGCCUCGCCUACCUCGUCUGCGGCUGCGCGAACGCGGUCACGCCGACGCCGAGCUCGAACGCGGUCACGCCGACGCCGAGCUCGGCGGCCACGCCGAUGCCGAGCUCGCCGCCGCCGAUGCCGAGCUCGGCGCCGCCCUCGGCCGCGCCGACGUCCCGGCCUUCUGUGUCGCAAGAGCCGACCGCGUCGCCCGCGCCGUCGUUCUCGCCGCCGACGCCGCGGCCGACGGUGCGCUGCGCCGCCGUCGCCUUCGGCGGCGCGCGGGUCAUCGACGGCGCCGUGGACGGCGCCAUGGCGAUCGACGCCGCGGACCUCGACGGCGACGGCGACGCCGACGUCGCCGUCGCCGCGACCGUGUCGAGUUCCCUGGCCUGGUACGAGAGCGACGGCGCGGACUCCUUCGCGGCGCGCUACGUCGCGACGGACGCGGCGGGCGCGCGGUCCGUCGUCGCGCGCGCGGACGUCGACGGCGACGCGUCCCUUGACCUCGUCGCGGGCCUCAAGGACGCGAAUCUCGUCGCGUGGUACGCGGGCGCCGACGCCUUCCUCGUCCAGCAAAUUGUCGACGACUAUGCCAAGGCGGUCCACGGCAUCUUCGCGGCGGAUCUCGACGGCGACGGCGACGCGGACGUCGUGUCGUGCGCCACGGGCGACAAUCGGGUCUCCUGGCACGAGAACGACGGCGCGCAGCACUUCGCGGAGCGUUUGCUGGACGGGGGCCUCCAGGCGCCCAUCGCCGUCGCCGUCGCCGACGUCGACGGCGACGGCGAUCUGGACGUCGUCGCGUCGGCGAUCCUGGACGACGUCGUCGCCUGGUACGAGAACGACGGCGCGCAGUCCUUCGCGAAGCACGUCGUCGCCGCUUCGGCGGAAAAGGUCUACGCGGUCGCGGCCGCGGACGUCGACGGCGACGGCGCGACGGACUUUGUGACCGUCGACGAGGACGCGGACGUCGUGACCUUGUACGCGAACGCGGGCUACGAGGCGGCCCCGGACGCCGUCGUCUUCCGCGUCGACGUCUUGGACGAGUCCGACGGCUACGGCCUCGACGUCGCGGACGUGGACGGCGACGGCGCGCUCGACGUCGUCGUCGCGUCGGCCGACGAGGACGCGAUCUACUGGCUGCGCCAGGACGCGCAGCUCCCCUGGGUCCGCUCCGGGGUCGCGAGCGCCGCCGGCGCGCGCGCCGUCGUCGCCGUCGACGUCGACGGCGACGGCGACCUCGACGUCGCCGCGGCGCUCUUCGACGCCGGCGGCGUCGCGUGGUACGAGAACGACUGCGACGCCGCGGCGCCGUCCGCGGCGCCGUCCGCGGCGACGCCCGCGCCGUCCGCGGCGCCGACGGCGUCGCCCGCGCCGACCGCCGCGCCGACGCCGACGCCCGAACCCGCGCCGACGGCGCCGCCGACGCCCGCGCCGACGGCCGCGCCGACGCCGACGCCCGAACCCGCGCCGACGGCGCCGCCGACGCCCGCGCCGACGGCCGCGCCCUCGGCCGCGCCCCGGCCGUCGCCGACGCGCCCGCCGUCGCCCGCGCCGAGCGGCGCGCCGACGUCGGCGCCGAAGCUCACGCUCGUGCCGCCGCUCGUCUUCCUCCACGCGACGAAGGGCGAGGCCCCCGCCGCGGAGUCGUUCUACCUCAUCAACGGCUUCAACGAGGCCAUCCGCCGCUGCGUCGCCCCGUCGUCCCGCGCGAACCUGACGAACUGGGCCCUGUCGACGGACGACGUCGUCAUCGACAGCCUCGCGUCGGGGAACAACAUCGCGGAGAUCGUGCUCACGGUGGACCCGGCGGGCACGUCGCCGGGCCACUACGACCUCGAGUUCGAGGUCGGCGAGUGCGGCGUCCCCGCCAAGGGCGACCUGGAGUACCUCGCCGUCGGCGUCGACGUGUCGUCGACGGCGACGGCCGCGGACUCGUUCCUGACGGUCAACGCGUCCGCGGCGCCCGUGCUCGGCGACGUCUGGGCGGGCGUCGUCGUCGCGCCGCGCGACGGCGACGGCGACCCGACGGCGGGCGACGCGGUCUUCUCCUGCUACAUGUACAAGUGCCCCGCGGGCGACUGCGCGGCCGACGGCGGCGGGUCCGCCGCGGGGUCCUGCUACCUGGACGCGGACCUGCGCUGCGUCUGCGCGCUGCCGGAGAGCGACCUCGCGGGCAACUGGACGGCCCUCGUGUUGCUCGACGGCGACGACGCUGUCGGCGCUGCGGACGUGCGCGUGCACUGCGCCGCAGGAUCCUACGAGGACGGCGGCCGGUGCUUCAGGUGCCUCGACGGCGCGGACUGCGGCGACGCGUCGGCGCCGCGGCGCCUCGAGGAGCUCGAGCUGCUGCGGGGCUACUGGCGCGGGUCCGCGGCGUCGACGCGCGUCCGCGCGUGCCUCCGCGAGGACGCGUGCGCGGGCGGUUUCUCGGCGUGCGCCGCGGGCUACGCGGGCGCGCUCUGCGCGUCGUGCGCGCGGGGCUACGCGCCGGGCCGCGGGGCGCGGUCCUGCCGGCGCUGCUCCCUGCGGAGCCGCGCGCGCGCGCUGGCCGUCGUCGCGGGCGUCGCGGGUUCGGCCGUCGCGGCGCUCGCGCUGGUCUGGCGCCGCUGCCGCGCGGACGUCGUCCGGUGGCUCGCGUCGGACCAGCACGAGGGCUACCGGUCCACGGACGUCGCGGCGCUCCGCGUCCAGAUCAAGAUCUUGUACGUGAUGAUGUCCGUCGUGAGCGGCCUCGGCGCCGUCAUGCCCGCGGUCCGCUUCCCCGCGGGCUUCACGGCCUUCGUCGAGGGCUUCGGCUUUCUACGGUUGGACCUGCCCGCGGCGCUCGCGACGGGCUGCAUGGCGCCGACGCCGACGGCCCACGCGAAGCUGGUCUACAUGACGCUCGCGCCCAUCGUCCUGGGCGGCGCGCUGCUGUCGUGGUACCGGUGGCGCGUCGGCCGCGGCAUCUCGGGCCACCGGCCCUUCGUCUACUUUCUGAUCCUGACCUACGUCGUCUUCCCGUCGGCCUCCCGCGUCUGCUUCGACGCCUUCAACUGCGACGAGGACUUCGACGGCGGGCGGAGCUACUUGAGGAGCGACUACGGCGUCCGCUGCGACUCCCCGACGCACCGCGCGUUCCUCUGGUACGCGUCGCUCAUGAUCGCCCUCUGGUCCUUCGGCGUGCCGUCGCUCUACGCCGUGCUCGUCUUCCAGCGGCGCGCGCAGGUGAACCCGUCCGAGGCGUCGCUGCGCGCGCGCUGGAUCGACGGGAAGACGGCCGCGGCCGAGGACGAGGGGCCGCGGCGGCCGCGGCGGAAGCGGCUCCGCGAGAGCGGCCUCGCGAACGCGCUCUUCGGCGCGCCGCUGAACGACGGCGCGGCGAAGGCGAAGCUGCGGGCCGAGCGCGAGCGGGCGACGCGGGCCCAGGUCGCCGCGCUCUUCGACAUGGCCGACGGCUGCCACCGCCACGAGCUGCCCAAGGAGGACCUGGAUCGCCUCGUCACGGAGUUCCGGCGGGCCGCGGCCCACGUCACGCGCACCUUCGACUCCGGCGACCCCCAGGCCGGCGUCGGCGACAUCUCGUUCCUCUGGGCGUCGUACCGGCCCCACUGCUACCCCUGGGAGCUCUUCGAGAGCAGCCGGCGCCUCUUCCUCGAGGCCGUGCUCGCCGUCGUCUUCCCGGACUCGGCGCACCAGACCGUCGUCGCCUUCGUCGUGUCGGUCUCGUCGCUCGUCGCGCUGUCGUGGAUCCGGCCGUACAACUGCCUCGACUGCAACCGGCUGUCCAUCUACGCCUACGGCUUCGUCUGCAUCGUGCUGUUCUGCGGGCUGCUCAACGUGGCGGGCCUCGACGGCUCGUCGGCGCGCGCGCGGGGCGACCUCGCGGCGUUCCUCAUCCUCUGCAACCUGGGCGCCUUCUGCUUCUUCGUCCACUCCGCGUGGGUCGUCAGCGCGCUGGAGAAGGAGACGAUCCACCGCUGGAGGAAGCGGUUCUCCUCCCUGCCCUUGCUGCUCUCGAGCCGCGAGUCGCGGGCCGACGGGACGGCCAGGCGCAUCGGCGGCGCGCGCCACUUCGUGUCCUCGCGCGACGGCUACGGCGCCGCGGGGUGCCUCUUCCUGCUCUGCGCGGCGACGGUGUUCUCGCCGCUGACGCUCGCCUACGCGGGCGUCCGCCUCGGCGCGCGCCGGCUCGGCGGCGACGCCGCGGCCGCGGCGACGACGCCCGAGCGGCUCCUCGCGACGCCCGACGUCAGGGCCGACGACGACGAGUACCUCGGCCGCAUCGGCGAGAUCGAGCGCAUCGUCUCGCGCGGCGACGAGGGCCUCGCGGAGCGGCAGAAGCGGCUCGACGCGAAGCUCGACCGCCUCGAGGCCACGGUCGGCGAACGGUUCGCGGAGCUCGCGGCGAAGCUCGACGCCGUCGCGGCGGCGGCCCGACGAGGGGAGGCGGGCACGUAA